UUCCGGGUUUCUUUCUCCUACAAGAUGGCAGCGUCUGAAGAGGAGUUACAGCUGCCGCGGCUUCCGGAGCUCUUCGAAAACAGCAAGAAACUUCUGGAAGAAGUGGAAGUAGCGACUGAACCCACUGGCUCCCGAACAAUCCAGGACAAGGUUUCCAAAGGAUUGGACCUCAUUGAGAAGGCUGCCGGAAUGCUAUCGCAGCUUGAUUUGUUGAGCCGAAAUGAAGAUUUGGAAGAAAUUGCUUCCACCGACCUGAAGUACCUGAUGGUGCCAGCGUUGCAAGGAGCUCUCACCAUGAAACAAGUCAACCCCAGCAAGCGUCUAGAUCAUUUGCAGCGGGCUCGAGAACACUUCAUAAAUUUCUUAACUCAGUGUCAUUGCUAUCAUGUGGCAGAGUUUCAGCUACCCCAAACCAAGAAUAACUCAGCUGAAAAUAAUACUGCUAGCUCCUCCAUGGCCUAUCCAAAUCUCGUUGCUAUGGCAUCUCAAAGACAGGCUAAAAUAGAGAGAUACAAGCAGAAGAAGGAGGUGGAGCAUAGGUUGUCUGCACUGAAAUCUGCUGUGGAAAGUGGUCAAGCAGAUGAUGAGCGUGUUCGCGAAUAUUACCUCCUUCAUCUUCGGAGGUGGAUUGGUAUCAGCUUAGAAGAGAUUGAGAGCAUUGACCAGGAAAUAAAGAUCCUGAAAGAAAAAGACUCUCCAAGAGAGGAAUCAACUUCUCACUCAUCUCUUCCAGAGAAGCCUCCAAUGAAACCCUUCAUACUCACUCGGAACAAGGCACAAGCCAAAGUAUUUGGAGCUGGUUAUCCAAGCCUGGCAACUAUGACGGUGAGUGACUGGUAUGAACAGCAUCAGAAAUAUGGAGCAUUGCCAGAUCGAGGAAUAGCCAAGCCGACAUCAGCUGAUUUCAAAAGAGCAGCUCAAAAGCAGGAAGAUCAAGAACAAAAGGAUGAAGAGAAUGAAGAAAAAACUUUGCACAGAAUGCGAGAGUGGGAUGACUGGAAGGACACCCAUCCCAGGGGCUAUGGCAACCGGCAGAACAUGGGUUAAUCAUUCCAAAAAGGCAAAAGGAAGACGUGGUACACACCUUCACACCCAGGACAACAUCAGGAGGGUGCAGUGAAGGCAGUCAUGGUGGAGUCUUGCUUUGCAUUUGAUAGUGUCAAACAAUUAUGCUUGUACCUACCCUAGGUAAUGACCAAUUAAUUUUUGUUUGGCUUUAUUAAGCUCAUCACGAUAUAUUCUGAUUUCUUAAGUGGUCAGAAAAGAACACUAAGAAAUGGCUCUAUAUAAUCAAUAGUAGUAUAAAUUGAUUCUCUUUUAAAAAUUAAUAAAAAUCCCCUCUAUUAUGUGGACCUAUGCACAAAUGUAA